GGGACUUUCCUUGGGCUACACAGGUUGGGAACACUUUUCCCUGUGUUAUGGGUGGGGUUUUAGGUCCUAUUUUAAGUUGCAGACGUUGCCUGCCUUCUGGGAGGGACCGUCUCGUGAACGGGCCAGUGUGUGGAGUCUGCAGGGAAACCGCUGGAUGCCCACAGACCCCGGGAGGGAAGGCACACACCUCACUUUUUCUGUCUGCGAGGCAAAGCUACCUCUCUACGUGGGCCGAGCUGAAUUUUUCUGGGUCACGUGGCCAAACCACACUCUGCUUAAAAUGCAGUGUGUGUGGUUUCAACGACUUCAGCUGGAUUCCUGUCUUCCAUACAGGAGCGACAGUCUGUGCCGGCCGUCCCUGUGAGCACAGAGCACAGGCAGGACUGGAGACGGACACGGUGUGCGCGCCUCGCCCAGCUCAGACACAGCCGGGAUGAGCUUGCACAACAUGUCGUGGGUCCAGUACCCGAGUCGCGUGUCCACAGCAGUCGAGGACGUCAUUGCCGCGCAGAGCAUCGUCUCUAGGUGCCUGCACGUCUACAUGGCUCUGGGGGUCCCGGUGAGCUUGGCGGCUGGGCUCUUCAACCUGACCACCUUCAUCAAGGGCCGCGCCAGGUGGGGCGGCCUGGACGCAUUCCUCUCGGACCUCACGAUCACCAACGUGUUGGUGACGCUGCUGUCCCUCACCGCCAUCAGCCGGCCAGACUACAUGGUCGCCACCAACCUGAGCUGUGCCACCCUCUCCUUCCUGGCCAACGUCUGCUACUUCAAUGCGCAGUACGUGCAGCUGGUGAUGCUCUUUGCGUUCCUGCUGCAGGGCUCUGUGCCCUGCCUGCCCGUGGCCACCAAGGCGGCCCAGAGGCCCGCGGAGAGCCUGGCCGUCAUCGGGGGCUGUGCCUUCUGCAGCUCCCUGGGACUGGCAGCCCUGCUGGGCACAUCUGGGGAGCUGUCCAGAACCACCCUGUGCCAGGUGGACCCGCUGACUGCCUGGCCCGAGUAUGAAAUCGUCAAGGUCAGCCUGGGCUUCGGGCUGGCCCUUGUCCUGAAGCUGGCGUUCUUCAUCCUGCUUGUUGUCCAGCUGGCCCGGCGGGCGGCCCCCCCCCAGAGGGAUGCAGCCUCCGCUCCCUGCCUUGUACUGGCCAUGGCCCUGACCACGUUCGCCUGCCGCCUCCUCUACAACAUUGCACUCCUUCAGCGGGCCCGGCUGAAGCUGCAGAGGGACAUUGGCUCCGCCAGGGACGAGCUGCUCAUGAACCUGGCAGAGCUGGUCCUGUUUGGGGAGAGCUGCGUGAAUUCCCUGGCCAUCCUCUUCCUCCACAGGCCUUGCAGGCUGGCACUGCUGAGCCUUCCAGAGCGCGUCACCCAACGGUGCAGGAAGGCAGAGCCCAGCGACAGCUUCUCCUUAAAGAGAGUUGGCGGUUAAGGCAGGGCUCCGCCUGUAGUGGAAGAGCAAGCCGGACAAGUGAGGGGGUCUUCCUGGCAGGGAGGGGACAGGACUAUCUGUUGAAACUCUAGUCUGCAUGGUGAGCACCAAUGUGGGGGGGACGGGAUCAUCUGGAAGGCAUGGCAAACCAGCUGCCUGG